CUUCAUCUUGGAAAAAGUCAAAACUAGACCGAGGCACGUCUUCUGCUGGCCGGUCUGUGCUGUGGUCCGCUACUUGGCCAAAAGGUGGCAUCCUCAGUUUGCAUUUUGGCGGGGAUAUGGAAGCACGCUUAGAAAUUAAGCUAUUGGAACCAAAUCCACUCUUUACGCGCUGGCUAGAACGUUGGCUCCAUGAGGCCGAGCGCCGCAAUCGCAAGUCCCAGCACAAGCUGCGGCAGGCGCUGGAGGCAUUGCGCAACUAUCCGCUGCCACUCUACAGCGGCCGCGAGUGCGCCGUUCUGCGUGGAUUUGGCUCAACGCUCUGUCAGCUCAUCGAUGAUGAGCUGCGGCAAUACCAGGUGCUGGCAAGCAAAGGAACGCUGCCAAUGGCUGCGACUGUAACACAGUACCAGGAGCAGGUUCAACAAGUGGUUAAAGUGGUGCAAAAGAAACAGCAAAAACAGCAGCAGCAGCUUCUGAAGCAACCCAAGAAAUUGACCAAAAAAGCGCUGCAGGAGCUGGCAGCAGCUGAGGAACGGGAGCGCAUCGUCCAGAUGUGCGCGGGCAGCUAUCGCAUUGUGCUGCUUGUCGACACGCAAGAGACAAGCGGCAAGAAUAAGCGCAUAUUGGAUCAGACGCGCAGCUAUCUGCAGACACUGAACGUGGAGCACGAAGUGCGCCGCCUAACCGUCGGCGACUUUCUGUGGAUAGCACGCGAUGCCGCCGGCAAUGAGCUGGUGCUGCCCUACAUCGUUGAGCGCAAGCGCAUGGACGAUUUGGCAAGCAGCAUACGCGAUGGCCGAUUUCACGAGCAGAAGCAUCGCUUGGCCCAGUGUGGUCUGCCGCACAUUAUCUAUCUGAUCGAAGACUAUGGCGACAAUGAGCAGCUCGGUCUGCCGCUGGACUCCUUGCUGCAGGCGCUGACCAACGCGCGCAUUCAGUCCGCCAACAUUCAAGUUGUACGCUCUGACAAUCACUAUCGCUCCAUGUGCUAUCUGAGAGGCGUGAGUAGCGCCUUGGAGCAGCUCUAUGUGCACGCGGCCAAGUCGCUGCACAGCGUCGACAAGACGCAGCUGGAGGCACAGUCUCAGCACAGCUCUCGGAGCAGCAGCAGUCAUGUGGGCUUGCUCAAGUUUCGAGCCCUCUAUGAGGACUCUGCACGCAAUGCGCAGCUGACGGUGCGCGAGGUGUUUGUGCAGCAGCUGCUCCAGCUGCACUCUCUCUCCAUCGAUCGUGCCUUAGCCAUUGUGGAGCGAUAUGCAACGCCGCGCCAGCUGCUGGAUGCCUACGGGAAGUGCCAAAGCGAGGCCGAGGCACGUCUACUGCUGGCCGGUCUGUGCUGUGGUCCGCUGCAGCGUCCACUGGGCGAAAAGGUGAGCCAGUGUAUCCAUCAGUUUUAUAUGAGCGAUUUUUAGGCAUUAGGUUUAGUAAUUGUAUUUAGUAGGUAUAUUAGUUAAUUGGACAUAUCUAAAGUUAUAUACACAUAUUUAUACAUUAAGAUUCAGGAGUUGAACUAGCUUUUAAGGGAGAACAAAAAUUACGAGAUGCCAUAAACGAACUAACCGAUCGGUCGAUCGGUGGAUCGGUGGAUCGAUCGAUCCAUUCAGUUUAGAUAUUGCGAAAAUGCCGUAUAGCCAAAUCCACGGGCAAAUCGAAAUCAAACUUGGACAGCGCAUCAAUAGAGCGCAGCGAGUCGCGGAAUCCCGUGCACGCCACAUAGCUAUUGGACGUAUAGUAUGUAUCAAUAAGCUCGUUGCAGCUGAGUAUCAGAUUAAGCCACUCCACCAGAAGAUGUGCGCUGCGAACAAGAAACAUAGAUUAUGAACUAAUUUCAAUAGAAGUGCAUAAGUUAA